AUGAUAAAUCACCAAGAUUAAGCUUCUUUUGAUGAUAGUCGAUUAUAAUAGGAGAUGAAGUAAACAGCUUAAUUUUUUAAUCCAUAAUUAAACUCAUUAGGAUAAUCCAUUAAAUUUUAAUAAAAACAAAUAUAAAGAGUGCCCUUCAAAUCACCAAAAGAAUAAGCAUUCAAGCUUAGUUCAGAUGGUAAAAAGAAUAUAUAACCUUAAAUAAAUGUUGAAAAGAGACCAUCUCAAACUUUGAAAAAAGUCACCCUAGCUAAAUCUACUAAAUAGUUUGCAUAAAAUAAUCAUAUCACUCCUGUCAUGCAUAAAUUUGGGUAUGAAAUUAUCUCUAAUAAGCUCACCUCCUAAAUUAAUUAAAGUUCCUUCAGUUAAACCAUUCUCACCACCUUAACCUAAAACAAACAAUGAAUAAAUUAAUAUACUUCAGAAUAAUUCUGUUGCACCUGGCUUUCAAAGAAAUCCAAAUAUCAAAUUUGGUUAGCCUCUCAAAAUUUCAGAUAAUGAAUUCAAUAUAAGUAUGGCUGAUUUAUAACCUGUUCGUAAACACAUACCUACCAAAUAAACUGAAGAUUUCAUUUAACCUGAAUAUCCAUCUUAUCAAAAAUCAUUAUUAGAUAGUAGACAAUCUCAAUAUAAUAGUGAAUAAAUGUAAAAAUCUAAUUCAACUGCAUUUUUACCUAAAAUAAAUUAAACAAAGAAAAUUUAUAACAAUCAAUUAAUUGGAUAUGGUUCAAUUGGAUAAUAAUCACAAUAAGAAACAGCUCUAAGAACAAAUUCCUCGAAAUAGACUAUCACUCCUGUCAAUGAAUUUAUUAGUUUCAAUCUACCAAAUGAUGAUGUUGCAAGAAAAUCAAGAACUGCAUAAGAACAUUUAAGAGAUUCACUAGAAUCUCAAAAUCAAAUGAAAUAAACAUAUAAAAUAAUUAAUAUGGAUAAGCCAGAUUAAUUUAAUCAAUUACCAUAAAUUUAAUCACCUUAAGCAAGUACUAAAUAAUAAUUUGCAUUUUAAUCAACUGGAGGUUCAUAGAAACCAAAGAAUUUUCUGUAAAGAACUCCAUAAACUAAGAUAAUUAGUCGAUUAUUUUCAUCAAAAUCUGACAAUAAUUAAAUAAUUUGA